CUCCGAGUUUACUUAUGUAGCAUGCCGUCUUGCGCUAUCCAUCGUCUGUUUCGCAUGCUAUUGAGAAAUGGUAAAAGAAAAGAAACGCCGUAAAGAAAGCUUGGCGGCCAAUUUACCCAUGUCAUCUUCCAAGCGACCUCGCUUUGACAAGCGCGGACGUCAGCUCAGUCGAUUCUAUGAGCCGCUUGUCCUACUAUAUACGCUUGGCCGAACGAGAGGAGAGCAUAUGCGAGACAUCUUGUGCGAUGGGACAAACAUCUCGAACCUCCCACACAAAUACCUGAUUCGAAGGUUCCUCUGCAGCUUGGCGUAUGUAUGCGAUUAUGACAAAGGUGGCGAUACUGUAACCGCUAUCGGACUGGAGUCUAGGCCACACGGAUACAUUUUCUGGAUAGCUUCGAACAGUAAUCAGACAACCAAAACGGUGCCCUUCCUGAUGUGGUUGUUGGGCCACAUGUAUCAGGUCUCAAUUGAGGCGACCGCGAUUGUUCCAGAACAAGUGGAUGAUCUGGGGGCAAAAUGCAUCGACUUCGCCGUUCCAAGGAUUAAGGCAUACAGAAAUCAUCUCAAACCAGUGCUGCGACGAUGUCUAGGUCAUCUUGACAACCAAAGUCACAACGGCAACGAAGCACAUGGUCUCAGUGAAUGGCUACAAAAUUGGAACGAUCAGAGGGGCUCCGAGGAGCUGUGUCACUUUUCUUAUCAAGAGCGCAAAUCAGAGUUCAUGCAGCUUCUCGCAAAACUGGGAACCGAACCCAGCUACAAAAGCAACAAGGAUGCAAUCCAUCAUGCUUUUUCCUCAGCAAGACACCUCAUCGGGAGACUUGGUCAUCAUUUCCGAGUAGCUAAUGAGUUGCUUUUUUGUGCUUCAAGGUUGUCCGAUAUUCUCCACGGCUUCGAAGUGCGAAGCAUUCCCAUUCAUACACGUUCAGCGAUCCCUCCAUCGGACGGAAAGACGACUUUGGACAGCGUGAUUUCCCGCAUGUUACCUUCCCAAUCUGCCGACGUAGAAAGGUACCAAUCGAACCUCGCAGAGAUGGAUGCGAAAUAUCAGCUUUCUCGUCGCUUCUUAGACAACUACCGUGACCCUGAUCUAAAUCCCCGCGUGCACGCUGAGAUCCAGGUCCUGGAGCACUUCUACGUGGGUGGUCUGCGGUUUGUCGAGAGCGAUGCAUUCGUUGCCUGCAGCAAGCCAGCUUGCUUUUGCUGCUUAUUGUAUUUCCGAGCCCAUCCUGGCCAUUUCGUGGAGCCAACGUCACAUCAGAAAAUUUAUCUAAAUUGGAGGCCACCUGACCUCGACGCUCAGAUGGCCAUAAUUAGGGAGAACCACCAAAGAGAUAUCUUAAAUGCUAUGACGAAAUCAAUUCGCAAGGAAGCUUUCAGGCAGAUUAAUGAGAAGAUUCCACCACACGCCCGGCAUCCUGAAUCGUUGACCGGUAUCACGGAGUCUGCAUCCUCCCCAAGCACCCUCGAGCUNGUCUCCAUCACUUGCAUCUCCAGCUCUUCGGCCUCUUUCCACCGGCCUUGAUUCAUGUACGUCAACGCCAGGUUGCCCAUGCUGGUCAGCGUGGAAGGAUACUCCUCCCCAAGCACUCUCCUUCUCGUCUCCAUCACUUGAACCUCCAGCUCUUCGGCCUCCUUAUACCGUCCGUCA